UCAUUAAAGGUUCCCUCCCAGAUGUUGUCUUACCCUUUUUCCAGGAAAAUUUUUGAUAAUCACCCGGAAGGCGGCGUUUGUGAAAGAUAGUUCCUCUAUAUGCCCAAAACAACAUUACAGGAUAUUUUUUAAUAACACAUGGUCACCAAUGAUUUACUUCACCUCAAAUGGUAGGGUGGGGUCAAAAUGACCCAGCUUGAUCUUAAAAGUUAGAAGAUUUAUUAAUGAUAUCAGCUAUUAAGCAAGAGCUGUACAUGUAUGAACAUUUAACAAUAUACAAAUACAUUGUAUUCUUAUAUAAUAUUAAUAUUUUCUUUUGUUUUGUCACUGUCAUAUAUUCAGUGAAAUAUGUUUGAAGAAUUAAACAUAGAACCAAUUGUUGAAAUCUUAUAUGAAUCAAGUGACGAUGAGGAUGAAACAGAAGUUGAUCAAGAGUUUGCUAUUGAAAGUGAAUAUGAUAGCAACAGUGAACAAAGUGCUAGUUCGGACAAUGAAAGUAUCAAUAAUGACAAUGACACACUGUGUACAUUUGGUAAAAACAAACACAAGUGGAACAAUAAACCUGUUAGAGAAGAAUGUAAUUUGAAACAUAGUACAAUUAGUUAUUCACCUGAGGUUUGUGGACUUGCAAAAGCACAUACUGUUCUUAAUCCAGAACUUGCUUGGCGUUGCCUCUUCACAGAUGAAACACUUUGUGUUAUUGUGAAGUAUACUAAUCAGGAAAUAGAUAGAAGAAAGGGUAAAUAUUUGUGCCCCAAUGAAGCCUCAUUUUUAAGUGAGACUAAUUACCAAGAGGUAAGAGCAGUUCUGGGACUUUUAUACUUAGCAGGUGUUUUCAAAACUGUACAUGAAAGCUUGGAGGACUUAUAUGCUAACGAUGGGACAGGGAGGGAUAUAUUUCCAGCAACAAUGACUCUGAAAAGGUUACUAUUUUUACUUUCUUGUCUCAGAUUUGAUGAUAAAAAAACGAGAGAAGAACGAAAGAGAACAAACAAGUUUACAGCAAUAUCCGAAUUUUUUGAGCAAUUUAUUCUCAAUUGUCAAGCAAAUUAUAGUUCUAGCGAGUACCUAACGAUCGAUGAAAUGUUGAUAGCUUUUGAAGGCAAAUGUCCCUUUAAAAUGUACUUACCAUCCAAGUUAAAUAAAUAUGGUAUAAGGAUAAUGAUUUUAGCAGAUACAAAAACCCAUUAUUUAAUCAAUGCUCAUGUAUAUACAGGAAAGGAGGACGUUUUAAAAAGGAAGAAGAAUUUUUCCGUGCCUACGCAACAUGCUCUAAAACUUGUACAUCCGAUAGAAAAAACGAACAGAAAUGUAACAGGAAAUAACUGGUUUUCAUCUAUAGAACUUGCAGAUGAACUGAGAAAUAGGGGUGUUACAUAUGUGGGAACAAUGAAAAAAGAUAAGAAGCAAAUUCCUCCACAGUUUCUUCCGCAUAAGAAGAAAGUUAUCGGAUCAUCUGUUUUUGGAUUCAACGAACACGCCACCCUCGUCUCCUACACUCCUAAAAAAAAUAAAUCAAUAAUUUUAAUUUCUACGAAGCACCAUACAAAGAGCAUUGAUAACGAAAGUGGGAAACCUGAAAUACUUCGCUUUUAUAACAUGACAAAGGACACAGUGGAUAAACUAGAGCAGGACAUAUCAAAAUAUUCCACAGCACAAAGUACAAAGUGGUGGCCCAUGGUGAUGUUUUUUGCCAUCAUGGAUAUCGCAGCAUUUAAUGCUUACAUACUUCAAACGAAAAAAGAAAAUUCCGAACAAAUCACGAGACGUGAUUUUAUUAUAUCCUUAGGCAAGUCUCUGAUUCAAUCAGAACUUAAAAGAAGGAGCUUAGAAAAGGAACUACCUCGUGAAUUAAGGCAUACAAUUGUGAAAUUAACUGGUGUUUGUAAUCCUCGUAAUGAAGCACGAGACGAACCCGUUGACUGGAUAGGAAAACGAAGAAGGUGUCAAUCGUGUCCACGAGGAAGUGAUAGAAAAACUGGCACCUAUUGUGAAAUAUGCAAAAAACCUUUAUGCGCAGGAUGCACUAAAAGAAUUUGCCCAGGGUGUUUUUGAGUAAUAUUUGGGCGUUUCUAUUCAGAGAUACAAGUCACGCAUAUUAUGAACUCAUUAUCGAGUUUUUAUUAAACUAUUUGCAGUUAUAAUAGAGUAUAUUACUUUAAUUAGAUCAUAUUAUUUUAA